CAUGCUGAGGAGGUAAUUCAGCCAUUUGAAUCUGCCAUGUUGGAGCAAGGAUACAUCUUUUACCUCCAGGGCACACAAGCCCCUGAGAACUGGAGUUAGGCGCUCCUGUCCUCAAGAAACCAUUCCUCCUCCGCCUCCAAUUUGAGAGAUAACAGCGCCAUCUGCUGGGCUGUGUGAAGCAGGAAGGACGAAACCUCCCUGAGCUCCAGCUGCUUCAAUCUCUCAUUAAGUGGCUGAAGGAGCCAGGCUCAUAUUGGAGGUUUGUGGCACUGAGAGGGUUCAGUCCUGCAAAAUGACCCAAUCUGUGCAAGUUAAUCCAAAGGUGCCUGAUUUAGGCUCUGCAUUCAUCUAUUCCAGUCAGGAGGAGGCUGACCAGUCAGGCUCUUACUCUGUCCAGACUCCUUAUGGAUUCCAGCUCGACUUGGAUUUCCUGAAAUAUGUGGAAGAAAUAGAGAGCGGCCACAACCUCCGCCGAGCCCCCCUCAGUUCCCGGCGGCCUGGACGAGGAUUCAAACUUUCCCAGAGGAGUCCGAGCGUUGGGGGACGCACCAGUGGCUGGACAUCCACAGAAUCUCUUGCCUCCCCAAUCAGUGAAGAUGGCAGAGUUCCUCCUCCCCCACCGCCUCGCAAUCGUCUUGGGUCAGCACCCUGCGAAAUGCUCUCCAUUUCCCCCGUAACUCUCCUAAAUGUGCCUCCCCUUUCUGCUGGCGCCAAAGUGCCACCGCCUCCGCCUCAGCGAAACCCAAGAGUUGAGCGGACUCUUCUGGAAACCAGCCGACGGCUUCAGCAGGAGCAAACCCAUCAGAAUGGUGGGCGACUCCAGCUCGCAGAACCUCCCAAACGGCUCACAUCUAUUCAGCCUCUGCAGAGCAGCUGGACUAAACCCAGUCCUCAGACCUCUGGGCGCAGCACUCCAGCUGCUGGCACCGCAGUGACCCCAAUCCCACCCAGCCAGCUGCAGACAGUUAGAGAGCAGAUGGCCACUGCCUUGAAGCAGCUGAAGGAGAUGGAGGAAAGAGUGAAGGGUGUUCCUGCUCUUGAGAAAGAGCUGGCCAAGCUUCGUGCAGAAAAAGACUUGCUCCUGUUGGCCUUGGAGGAGAAGAAAGUAGCCCUGGAGGUUUCCCAGCAGAAGCAACAGUCCAAAGAGUCUUCUACGCAAACCACAGAGACCCUCCAAUCUGACCACAGCAGACUGACCUCACCAACCACAACUGGACAUAAAGGACUUGUAAAAUCUGGAGAACUGAAAAGACUGGCUGAGAAGUUUGAGGGAAAGGACCUCAAAUCUCCCCAACCGUUAUCUAAAGUUUUACCACACUCUGCAGAAAAAGAUAAGAAAUCUGUUGCUGUUGGUGAUGAUGUCCCAAUAACCUCUGUAGUUUUCUAUAAAAGGAAUGGUGUAAAAGAUGCAUCUGUGAGCACAGAGGUGAAAGAAUGUGAUAAAAGCACAGAAACAGAAGCACCUGUGGUUCAUGAGCAGGCCAUACAAGUCAGAGCAGGGACAAAGGAGGCUGAAGUUUGGGUCAUGGAGUCACUGCUUGGGCUGACUACAGAGGCACAGAGGGAGAUAGACACCUUACAGGACACCAUUAAGUUCCAGCAGGAGUCCAUAGUAGCUUUAGAAAAUCGCCUAACUGUAGCCGACAAAGACCUUGAUAACCUUAGAGCUCAGAUUGAUGAAAGAACCUCUAAGGUCACAACUGAGAAGGGAGCUCUUGCCAAACCAGACGUGAGAAAUGUCCAGGUAGAGACUUUACGUUCUACAUUAAAGCAUACCGCCACUAUGUGCCAUCCGGAGGUAACAGAUGUGUGUGUUGGCGAAGAUUUGGGUGCAGAUCAGACUGAGCAGGGCACCCAAACCGAUGCUGCAGUUACAACACCAGAACUGACACCUGUGGAGCGGGUCAGCAUCGCGUGUCAGUGGGAGAGUUUGAAUGACGAAAAUCCUGAGGAGCAGAAAGUUACAGUGCCAAAGAAGAGACAGCUGACCAUUGCUGAAUACAAAGUUUCACCAGAGGAAGAAAUGGUUGGUGCAGAGGAGAAAAAAACAAGAGAACAAGAGGAGGAGGCCAGAGCCAGCAACACAAAAACAGGAAUGCUGAAAUCAAUCAUGAAGAGGAAGGAUGGGAGUAACUCGAGCGAGAAUCGUAAGAAGAGCCUGCAGUUUGUUGGAAUUCUGAAUGGAGGGUAUGAAUCCACCUCCAGCGAGGAAGAAGAGGAGGAGGAAGAAGAGGACGUUGGGAGUUCUUCUGGAGAAAGCGGAGAAGGCGAGUGCUUGGAUAGCACAGAGGAAGAUGAGGCUGCAUUGGAGGAAGAAACUUCUGAGGAGGAGAGAAACGUCAACCUGGAUGAGAGCGACACGGAUGAGGAAACGCUGAGAGCGACAAAUUAUUCAUCAGAUGCUGUGAAAGAAAAGUUUGAGUUCAGCUCAAAAAUGCGUGAAGCCUGUCUCAUUCUGAAGAACCACCUGAAUGAUGACGUGAAAACACUGAAGAGUAAGGAAGUGCUGUCCAGCACCCACACCGUCCAGCUCGAGUGGUUCCGGGUCUCUAGUGCAAAGAUGGCCCAGCCGUCGCGGGUCUCCGACUACCUCAUGGCCUUCACCGAGGUGUCAUCAGCGCUGCUGGAGCACGUUGUCAACAUGACGGAUGGCAACGGCAACACGGCUCUUCACUACAGCGUCUCUCACUCGAACUUUGGGGUGGUCAGGCUGCUGUUGGAUACAGGUGUGUGCUGUGUGGACCAGCAGAACAAGGCGGGCUACACGGCCAUCAUGCUGGCUGCUCUCUCAACUGUAAAAGAAGAGGAAGACAUGGCUGUGGUGAGGAAGCUCUUCAGUCAGGGCAACGUCAACGCCAAGGCUAGCCAGGCAGGCCAGACAGCGCUGAUGUUGGCAGUGAGCCACGGACGGCAGGAGAUGGUGCAGGCCCUGCUGGAGUGUGGAGCUGAUGUAAACGUCCAAGAUGACGAAGGAUCCACGGCUCUGAUGUGUGCCAGCGAGCACGGCCGCGCAGAGAUUGUCAAACUGCUCCUGGAACAGCCCGGGUGCGACAUAGCCAUUGUGGACAAUGAUGGCAGUAAUGCUCUGUCCAUUGCACUGGAGGCGGCUCACAACGACACAGCUGUGCUUCUCUAUGCCCAUAUGAACUAUGCUAAGAACCAGACUGCUCUGGGAAGUCCAAAGGCCCAACCAAGUAGUCCCACCAACCCCUACAAGUCCUGGCCUGAUGACUGACACCAUUUCUUCUGUUUAUCGAAGCGGAUAGACCAGCAAAUACAACUGGAUCUGAGCUGUUACAAGCUUCACUGGAAUUUACUUAAACACAUUUAUUUAAUUACAUAUGAACUGCUAUAUGUUCUGCAUUUAUAAGUAUUGUUGAUAUGAGAAUACUAUUUUUCCAUACAAGUUGUGGAUGGUUAUAUUAUGUACUUACCCGUUCAACAGAAAAUAGUCCAGUUCUUUUUUCUGUAAUGGGAAAUAAAACAUUAUUUGCACAUUACUAACAUUUUACUGUUAAGGGCAGCACACUCACACAUGCUAAAUGAUGUGCAUAUAAAAAAGGUCUUUAUCCAUUGUUUUACAUUAAAUCUCUCACUGAUUAAAGAUGUAAUCCUAAAUGUUAUCUGUAGCUCCUCGAAGUUUAGCAGAAUACAAAACUGCAAUGUGUGCUGCUCUACUCUUGCUUUCCUAUCCUGUCUUAUUUAAUAGAUGUUUAAGCACCUCAAUCCUGUAACUUUGUAAGUGUUGGUCAGAAUAAAUUACACGCCUACAUUUUAAGCACAGAAUUCACAAUAUUUUGAAAAAAUUGUUACAUUGAAGUUUAUGCUUAAAAAUCAGGUGUCAGAAAUUGUGAUCUGCAUUGUAUGUUAACUAUAUUUGCAUAAAUGUGUCAUCUAAAAGCUUUAA